CGCAAGGAUUUGAAACCGUUUGGCGGCGUCGGCGGCGGGGGCAUCGCGGCGGAGCGGAAGGCUUGCGUGUAGGGGCGCCAGCUACUCUGGUUCCUUUACCUUUACAAAUAAAUUUCAGAAUCAGCCUUCAAAGGAUACUUCUGGAUUUUGCUUAAAUUCAUUAAAUUGGAGGUCAAUUGUGGAGAAUUGAUUGGAAAUGGAAAGUGAAGAAGAAAAAUGGGAAAGGCUGGAUGCAGAAUUUGAUCACUUUGUGGUAGAUAUGAAGCCCUUUGUUCUAAAAUUGCCCCAUAGGUCAGAACGACAGAGGUGUGCUCUUUGGAUUAGAAAGCUAUGUGAGCCUUCAGGAACAGGUUCAGGAAUAACGGGCAGGAAGAAUCGGAACCUGUACGCGAAACUCUUACUGCAUAUGCUUAAGCGGGGCGUGCUUGAAGGCCCUUUUACACAUCGUCCUGAGCCAGGGACACUGAAGACGUUGCCUUCAUACAUGUCCAUCUAUUUUGAUGAGCCAAAUCCAGCACGUGUGAAAGGUUCAAGUCCAGAGCGAUUACCCGACUGGGUAAUGGGUGAGCUGGGGACAAGUGAACACAAAUUAAGUGAAUCGUGGAAACUUUCUCCUGGAGAAGAUAACACUUUGGUGCUGUCACCAACUGAUGCCCACAGCUCUCUCCAGGUAACUAGACUGUCCUUGAUUCCAGAGAAUCAGCCAGGUGUGAUGGAAGCAUAUCCCUUGGGCAGUCCUCCUGAGGUUGUAGAACAGUACCCUGGGAAGCUGCAAACAAGAUCCCAUUCUGUGAGUCCAACUUACAAAGAAGAUGGACAAAGUAUUAUCCCUAAGAAUUGUGAAAUUCAUUUGAAAAAAUCUCGUGUUUCUUUGGAUGACAGUGACAUUGAAGCUCGCCUUAAUAGUUGGAACCUUGGGAUAGAGAAUCCCCGGUACCUGAGACAGACGCCUAUCCCAGUUUCUCUGAUGACUCCCAAGUUCAGCUUGAGAAAAUCCAGCAGUCUUCAUGAUGACCAUUUUGUCUCUCGAAUGCAUGAGAAAGAGUUCAACAUGAAAAUAAAAAUGAUGGAAGCAAAAUUUCAUGAAGAAAAACUUCAGCUACAGCAGAAACACGAUGCAGAUGUUCAGAAGAUUUUAGAAAGAAAAAAUAAUGAAAUAGAAGAGCUGAAAACUUUAUACAAGAAGAAACAAAAUGAAACUGAGGAGACUGUAAGAAAGCUUGAACAGAAAGUUCAGACCCUUGUACGUGACUGUCAAGUGAUCAGAGAGGCUAAAGAAAACCAGAUUGCAGAGCUAAAAAAGAUAUGUGAACAAAGUACAGAAUCUCUGAAUAAUGAUUGGGAAAAAAAGCUCCACAGUGCUGUAGCAGAAAUGGAAAAGGAAAAAUUUGAGCUUCAAAAGCAACACACUGAAAAUAUUCAAGAGUUACUUGAAGAUACAAAUAUGCGACUGAGUAAAAUGGAGGGUGAAUACAUGGCACAAACACAGUCCACAAAUCAGGUGGUCAAAGAACUGGAGGCCCGUGUCCACCAGCUUACUGGAGAAGCAGAGAACAGUAAUUUACAGAGGCAGAAAUUAAUUCAAGAGAAAGCAGAACUUGAAAGAUGUUACCAGAUAACGUGUAGUGAAUUACAAGAGGUGAAGGCAAGGCGAAACACACUGCAUAAAGAGAAAGAUAAUCUUAUAAAUGAUUAUGAGCAAAAGAUGAAACUAUUACAAACCAAAUAUGAUGCUGAUGUAGCUCUUCUGAAACAAGAAAAUGCUCUUUCAUCUUCUAAGGCAUCUGGUACAAUUGAAGAAUUAGAACAGAAUAUCUGUCAAUUAAAAGAACAGUUACAGGAAUCAGAACUUCAAAGAAAUCAGCUAUUAAAGGAUGAAGAAAAUAAGUUUCAAAUGGAGAAAAAUCACUUAAAAUGCACCUAUGAGAAAAAGGUUCAAGACUUGCAGUGUGAACUUGAUAAAGAAAAAGAAGAUGCUCAAAAGAAAAUUCAUAAACUGGAGGACACUUUGAAGGAAAAAGAGGAGCAGCUCACUCGUGUGACUGAAGUUCAGAGGUUGCAGGCCCAGCAGGCAGAUGCUGCUCUAGAAGAAUUUAAGCGGCAGGUGGAACUGAACUCAGAAAAGGUCUACGCUGAAAUGAAAGAACAGAUGGAAAAAGUGGAAGCAGAUCUGACAAGAUCCAAAUCUCUUCGUGAGAAACAGUCAAAGGAGUUCUUAUGGCAGCUAGAGGACGUGAAACAGCGACACGAACAGCAGAUAGUAGAGCUGAAGCUGGAGCAUGAACAGGAGAAGACGCACCUAUUACAGCAGCAUAACGCAGAGAAGGAUAGCCUAGUCCGAGACCAUGAACGGGAAAUUGAAAACCUGGGGAAACAGCUUCGCGCUGCCAAUAUGGAGCACGAAAAUCAAAUUCAAGAGUUCAAGAAACGAGAUGCACAGGUUAUUGCUGACAUGGAGAUGCAGGUUCACAAGCUGCGGGAGGAGCUGAUUCAUGUGAACUCCCAGAGGAAACAGCAGCUGGUGGAGCUCGGUCUCCUUCGAGAAGAAGAAAAGCAGAGGGUUGCAAGGGACCACGAAGCUGCUGUGAACAAACUGAAGGCUGAGUCAGAAAAGAUGAAAAUAGAGCUUAAAAAGACGCACGCUGCAGAAACGGAGAUGACGCUGGACAAGGCCAACAGCAAGCUGAAGGAGAUCGAGAAGGAAUACACCCAGAAGCUUGCCAAGUCUUCGCAGAUCAUAGCAGAACUUCAGACAACCAUUUCCUCUCUGAAAGAAGAGAUCACCCAGCAGCAGCUUGCUGCAGAGAGGCGGCUCCAGGAUCUUACACAAAAGUUUGAAGAUGAGAAGAAGCAGCUGAUUAGAGAUAAUGACCGAGCAAUCAAGGUUUUACAAGAUGAACUAGAAACCCGCUCUAAUCAAGUGCGAAGUGUAGAGAAAAAAUUACAACACAAAGAACUGGAGUCGCAGGAACAGAUAACUUAUGUACGGCAAGAAUAUGAAACAAAAUUCAAGGGGUUGAUGCCAGCAUCUCUAAGACAAGAACUUGAAGACACAAUUUCCUCCCUGAAAUCACAGGUUAACUUUCUGCAAAAGAGAGCGUCUAUCCUCCAAGAAGAGCUGAUGACCUACCAAGGCAGAAGGUAACUUCAUGAGAGAACUCCAUGGGUGCGUUUGUCCAGGCUGCACGGAGGACUUCUUCCAGCAGGUUUGAAGAGUUGGAUAUUGUAAAAUGAACUGUGAGAUCAGUGACAUUUUUAAUACUUACAUGUAAUUAGUAUCAUAAAAACAUGCAUCAUUUACAUCAGUGGAA